GUCCCAUGUCCAGCCCAUAAUCUGAUCUGAAAAUCUUGUAGGUGAGGAGAGGGUUCAACCUCCCGUCAUUCUUCAGGGGAGGGAGGCUGCAGACACAGAAGCAACCAGGGCGCCGGUGGCACCUCCUUUUGGCUGAGAUUCACUCUCUGGACAUCUUGAAACUCUUUUUAUUUAUUGCAAGAUCUUUUGAAAAACAAUGCAGCUAGAGAACAUUCUUCCCAGCGCAAGCAUCAAUUUACCCAAAACCUUCUACAACCUGUCCUCGUCGGACAGUGCCAACAACAGCCCGAGGCCGUCGUCGCAGCUCGAGUACCAAGAAGUCGACCGGACGGAAUCAGAGUCCAGCAGCGCGCCGAAGAAAUACCUGAGCGGGGUAGGAAACGGAAUGCUGGGCGAGGGAGAGGGGGACUCUUUCACGAAAGCCGGGCCCGAUGGGAGGAAAGGCUCCCCGGUGCUGGGUGAGGACGAGCUGACGAGCGGGCGGCGGUACAACAUAGACGAACUUGGCUCUGACAGAUACUUCAUCUCCUCGUCCCAGGCGAGUUCCGACAUGGCGAGCCCCUGCUCCCUCUUCCCCUACGCAGGACAGACCGGUUCGGUGUAUAGCGGGUCAAGCAGCUCCAGAUACCCGGCUUCACUACAUUACGGAUCCGUCCUUCCGCCCACGGGCUUCUCCUCUUCCUCCGUGUGCACCGGUAGGAGCCAGUUUAGCAGCGGAGGGUACCAGUUCAGUCAGGGUCCCGGCUGUUUGUACCCCUCCUAUCCCGGGACAGGGACGGGGAUCGGCUCCAUGUCUCUGACGGGGUCUGUGGCCGGAGCCAGAGCGCAGGUCUAUCUGUGCAACCGACCGCUGUGGCUGAAGUUCCACCGGCACCAGACCGAGAUGAUCAUCACCAAACAGGGCAGACGGAUGUUCCCAUUCCUCAGUUUCAACAUCACCGGACUCAACCUCACGGCCCAUUACAACGUCUUUGUAGAAAUUGUUUUGGCUGACCCGAAUCACUGGCGCUUUCAGGGAGGAAAGUGGGUCACUUGUGGAAAAGCAGACAAUAAUAUGCAAGGUAACAAAAUGUAUGUUCAUCCUGAAUCCCCAAACACCGGUGCUCACUGGAUGAGGCAAGAAAUCUCUUUUGGCAAGUUGAAGCUGACCAACAAUAAAGGGGCCAACAACAACAACACACAGAUGAUAGUCUUGCAGUCGCUUCAUAAAUACCAACCACGGUUGCACAUUGUGGAGGUGACGGAAGAUGGAGUGGAGGACAUGAGCAACGAGGCCAGAACCCAAACCUUCACCUUCCCAGAGAACCAGUUUAUAGCUGUCACAGCUUAUCAGAACACAGAUAUCACACAGCUGAAGAUAGAUCACAACCCGUUUGCAAAAGGCUUCCGGGACAACUAUGACUCGAUGUACACAGCCCCAGAGAGUGACCGGCUGACUCCGUCCCCGACAGACUCCCCUCGUUCCACCCAGAUCGUGCCCGGAGCCCGCUAUGCCAUGCAGCCUUUCUUUCAGGACCAGUUUGUCAACAACCUGCCUCAGAACCGAUUCUACCCCGGCGAACGGGCCGUCCCCCAAACCAACAGUCUUCUGUCCCCGCAGAGUGAGGACGCCAGCGCCGCCGCCUCUGCCCAGCGUUGGUUCGUCCCUCCAGUCCAGCAGCCGGGCUCCAACAAGCUGGAUCUGUCAUAUGAGAAUGACUAUUCCACCAGCAGCCUGCUGUCGUACGGCAUCAAGCCCCUGUCCCUCCAGACGUCCCACGCCCUAAGCUACUACCCAGACUCGGCCUUCGCCUCCAUGGCUGCAGGCUGGGGCACUAGAAGCUCGUACCAGCGCAAAAUGACCACGGGCCUGCCCUGGUCCCCUCGUCCAAGUCCCCCAGCUUUCCCGGAGGACCAGCUGGGGGUCACUAAGGAAAAGCUGCCCGAGGAAAACGCUCCGCCGACCUCGACCUGGAUCGAGACGUCCCACUCGCUGAAAUCGGUGGACUCUACCGACUCUGGUGUGUACUCCAUGGUGUGCAAGAGGCGCAGGAUGUCCCCUGGGGGCUCCAGCACAGAGAACUCCCCAACCAUCAAGUGUGAGGACUUGACUACGGAGGAGUACAACAAGGACAACCCAAAAGGCAUGGGUUAUUAUGCAUUCUACACAAGCCCCUAAGACUGUAUUUAUUUAAGCUAAAUUUUUGUUUAUUACUGAGUGCUCUCCAUUCCUUGUUAAUGUCUUUUUUCUCUUUUCUCUAAAGGUGCCAAAGCUUAGUGUUCCCCCCCAAGCAAGCUGCACAAGGUUAUUUUCCCAGGCCAUCCCCUCUCACAUACCUGAGCAGAAACAUGCAUAGUGGUUGUUGUUUUUUGAAAAAUAAAAAAAAGCAUGUCCCAUUUAAUUCAUUUAUUUUUACAAAUUUUUUUAAACAAAUGUGAUUUUUUUUUUUUCUGAUCCUUCCCUGCGUAUUUAAGUCAUUUACGUUGUACAGUAUUCGUGCACUUUAGAAUGUGAUGUAUCUUGUACAAAUUGUCUUCAUGGAGGUGUUAUUAAAUGGAGAAUAAAACCGCUUUUCUUAAAGCAUUGUCCAAA